AUGGGUGGCGAUCUCAACUUGAAGAAGAGCUGGAACCCAGUCCUGCAGAAGAACCAGGAAAAAACAUGGCUGGCAGAAAAGAAGGCGCUCGAGGAGCGCAAACGCAUCGAUCAGAUGAUGCGGGAGCGACAAGAAGAGCGACAGAUGCUGGAAAUUCAGCAACUCCAGGAGGCAGCAGGCGGGAAAAAACGAGCCAACCGCGUCGAUUGGAUGUAUGCGGGACCUUCGAAUGGACAACUUGGAACGACAGAGGAGAUGGAGGGAUAUCUACUUGGAAAACGACGCAUUGAUGGCUUGAUUAAGGGAUCGGACAACCAGAAGUUGGAGAAAUCAGCGAACGAGGAGUCGUUCAUGGCCCUGCAAAACGCCAAUACGGCUCGAGACACAGCUGCCAAGAUACGAGAGGACCCGAUGUUGGCGAUCAAAAAGCAGGAACAGGCUGCAUAUGAAGCCGUGAUGAACGAUCCCGUUCGGCGGAGACAGUUGAUGCAGGCCGCAGGAAAGGAGAAUGGGUCGUCAGAGAAGGAGCGCCGGCACCAUCGCCAUCGGCACCGACACCGAGACGACGAGGAUAAACGGUCUCGGCACCGCUCGAGAAGACAUGAUUAUGACGACGACAAUGAUCGAAAGCAUAGGCGCCGACGUGACGAUAGCAUUUCCAGAUCUCGGUCGCCCGUCAGACAUUCUCGCAGCCAACGGUCGCCUUCUUCAUCCAGACACACAUCACGUCGCGAUCACCGUGAAAGGUCGUAUUCUCCACAACCCCAUCGCCGCGAUCGCUCCCCUCGGCGUGACCGAGACGACAGACGACAGACCUGGCAUCACAAUUCACGGCCUGCGCCGCCGUCGUACCGAGACACGCAGGCUCCUUCCAAAAGCAACAACGACGCAGAGCGCGCAGCCAAGCUGGCGGCGAUGCAGCAGAAUGCGAAUGACCUGGACAGCAUGCGGGCGGAGCGCUUAGCAGCUGCAGAUGCCCGCGAGCAGGCGGAGCGCGAGGCCGACGAGCUCGCUCGGGCUCGGACGAGCAAAGAAGGCGGCAAAGGCGCUUUUCUGUCGAAUAUCAACAAACGGGCAGGCGAGCUGGAUCUCUCUGAACGGCUUCAGCGGGGACGGCGCAAUGUCGAGAAGGAGCAGGAGGCUUAUUAA